AUGAUCGUAGCCGGGAUCCGAGCUCUGGAGGGGAUCAGGCUGGCGAGCGUGAAGCGGCCGCGGGGGCGGCUGGAAGAAGAGUCGCCGGUGGUGCUGGCGGCGGCGGCGAUCGGCUGGCGGCUGCUGCUGCGCUUGGCUCCCCCCGAUCCGGCUCCAGCUCCGGCUCCGGCUCGGCGCUGUCAUCCCGCCGCCGCCGCCACCGCCAACCCCGCCGGCUCGGCCUCGGGCUGGCUGCGGCGGCAGCGCUGGGCUGCGCUGCUGGUGCUCGGGCUGCUGGUGGCCGGCGCCGCGGACGGAUGCGAGCUGGUCCCCCGGAACCCCCGCGGGGCGCGAUCGGCGGGCUCGGCCGCCGCCACGACCGCCUCCGCCAGUCGCGACAGCCCCGCGCUCAUGACAGAUCCCUGCCUGUCAUUGAGUCCACCCUGCUUUACAGAAGAAGAUAGAUUUAGUUUAGAAGCUCUUCAGACAAUACAUAAGCAAAUGGAUGAUGACAAAGAUGGUGGAAUUGAAGUCGAUGAAAGUGAUGAAUUUAUUAGAGAAGAUAUGAAAUAUAAAGAUGCUACUAAUAAGCACAGUCAUCUGCACAGAGAAGAUAAACAUAUAACUGUUGAGGAUUUAUGGAAACAGUGGAAAACAUCAGAAGUUCAUAAUUGGACCCUUGAGGAUACCCUGCAGUGGUUGAUAGAAUUUGUUGAACUGCCCCAAUAUGAGAAGAAUUUUAGAGACAAUAAUGUCAAAGGAACAACGCUGCCCAGGAUAGCAGUGCAUGAACCAUCGUUUAUGAUAUCUCAGUUGAAAAUCAGCGACCGGAGUCACAGACAAAAACUUCAGCUCAAGGCACUGGAUGUGGUUUUAUUUGGACCUCUAACACGCCCUCCUCAUAAUUGGAUGAAGGAUUUUAUCCUCACAGUGUCCAUAGUAAUUGGUGUUGGUGGGUGCUGGUUUGCUUACACACAAAAUAAAACAUCAAAAGAACAUGUUGCAAAAAUGAUGAAAGAUUUAGAGAGCCUACAAACUGCAGAACAAAGUCUGAUGGACCUGCAAGAGAGGCUUGAAAAGGCACAGGAAGAAAAUAGAAAUGUUGCUGUGGAGAAGCAAAAUCUCGAGCGAAAAAUGAUGGAUGAAAUUAAUUAUGCCAAGGAGGAAGCUUGUCGACUGAGAGAGCUAAGGGAAGGAGCCGAAUGUGAACUGAGUAGACGUCAGUAUGCAGAGCAGGAACUGGAACAGGUUCGCAUGGCUCUAAAAAAGGCUGAAAAGGAAUUCGAACUCAGAAGUAGCUGGUCCGUUCCAGAUGCCCUUCAGAAAUGGCUGCAGUUAACGCAUGAAGUAGAAGUACAGUACUACAACAUUAAAAGACAAAAUGCUGAAAUGCAGUUAGCGAUAGCCAAAGAUGAGGCAGAGAAAAUUAAAAAGAAGAGAAGCACAGUCUUUGGGACCCUGCAUGUUGCACAUAGCUCUUCCCUGGAUGAGGUAGACCACAAGAUUCUGGAAGCCAAGAAAGGGCUCUCUGCUGAGUUGACAACUUGUUUACGAGAACGACUUGUUGUCGCCUGGCAGGCAAAUUGGUGAAGAUCUGUGGCCUUUCAGAUAGCCCAUAACCAGAGACUCCCCAGCUUGACUUCUUUCCCCUUUAUUCAGAUCACUAGCUGGUUGGUGAUGCCCAGAGUCUCCAUUCCACCCUAUCCAAUUGCUGGAGGAGUCGAUGACUUAGAUGAGGAUACACCGACCAUAGUAUCACAAAUUCCUGGGACCGUGGCUAAGCCCCCCGGAUCGCUAGCCAGAAGCAGUAGCUUGUGCCGUUCUCGUCGCAGCAUUGUGCCAUCCUCGCCACAGUCCCAGCGUGCUCAGCUUCCUCCACAUACGCCACACCCGGCCCACCCGCGGCACCCCCACCACCCUCAGCAGUCCCAGCACGCCUUGCCUUCCCCUGAUCCAGACAUCCUCUCAGUGUCCAGUUGCCCUGCUCUUUAUCGAAAUGAAGAGGAGGAGGAGGCCAUUUACUUCUCUGCUGAGAAACAAUGGGAAGUUCCAGACACAGCUUCUGAAUGUGAUUCCUUAAAUUCUUCCAUCGGAAGAAAACAGUCUCCUCCUUCGAGCCUUGAGAUCUACCGAACAUUGUCCCCUCGGAAGAUUUCCAGAGACGAGCUUUCCCUGGAGGAUUCCUCCCGAGGCAACUCGCCCAUCACUGCAGAUCUCUCCCGGGGCUCUCCGGAUUGUGUGGGUCUCACAGAGACCAAGAGCAUGAUCUUCAGCCCUGCAAGCAAGGUGUACAAUGGCAUCUUGGAGAAAUCCUGUAGCAUGAACCAGCUUUCGAGUGGCAUCCCAGUGCCUAAACCUCGUCACACGUCCUGUUCCUCAGCUGGCAAUGACAGUAAACCAGCUCAGGAAGCCCCCAAUGUUGCCAGGAUCAGCAGCAUCCCGCAUGACCUCUGUCACAACGGAGAGAAAAGCAAAAAGCCAUCAAAAAUUAAAAGCCUUUUUAAGAAGAAAUCCAAGUGAAUUAAUUGACUGAGCAAGCGCGAGAUUUCAUUCACGUGGCAUCUUGAAACUUUGAUCUCACCGCCCCAAGCACCCCAUUCCCAUUUUGUUUUUGAUUUUUAGGAAUGUAACUCCAUUGGGGCUUCCCAGACUGGAUGCCACAGUGGAAUACCCUUAAGGGCAGCUGUCUACUGUCUGUUUAUUUAAAUGGCUCUUUAAUCAGUCGUCAAGCCAGUUAUUACUGGGGGGAAAAAUCAUUAAGAGAUGAGACAGUUUACAGUCAUUUCUGCCUAUUUAUUUCUGCUUUGUUAUUAGUGAUGUAUAUACAACAUUUUGUUUAAAGCCACUAUGGACUUACAAGCUUUAAUGGACUAGUAAGCCAGCAUGGGCUUGCAAAAAAUAAUAAAAAAAAAUUCUUGUUUACCAGAGCAUCUUCUUAUCUUUCCACAGAACUAUUUACAUCUUGGACUAAGUGACUUAAAAAGAAGUACAAACAAAUUGCACUACUGUUUUCCAGAAACAAUAAAUCUCUGCAAGUGAAACUGUAUAGGGUUUAUAAAAUGACUAUGGACAGGGGGAUUGUUUUCAUUUUUAGAUCAAAAUGGGUUUUUAAGUAGAAUCUAGGAUUUCUAAUUGAUUUGAUUUCUGGAAAUGAAAACCACGCUUUUAUUAUGGGAAGCUUCCUUAAAUGCAUUUAAUAUUACAAAGUUUCAAGUCCUGCUGUAAAGAUCACGUUGUUUUGUUUUUCCCAGGGCUUUCACUGUGAUUUACUGCAUUGCAGCUGUAUGAUGAACUAUAAAUAAUUUAAGGAGAGAAGGCUCUUGAUUCCUUAUGAAAGCGAAAGAGUUGAAACUUAUGGAAGGACUUAAAACAUUCACAAGCUUAAACUGAAGUGGGGCGCAGGGGGGGGGCUCAGAAACUUGUUUACAGACUUUGAAUAAUUGCAAAGGAUUUAUGGUUUGUGAAAAAUUUGUACUGUGGAAAUGAUAAUAAAUUGGAGACAUUAUUUUGUGGGACUGUGCUGAUUUUUGUUGAUAACACUCCACUAAAAACACUAUGUUUUUUGGAGAACUGUGUAAGCCGUCUUGUUGCUUAAUUGCAAUAUAAGAAAUAGUCAUGUUUUGGAAGUAAGUUGUCAACAAAUUUCUUUCUAUUUUAUAUUGUUUGUCAUAUUUUUAUGUAGUUUGAAAUGUUUAAAUGUUCUAAUAUCAAGAUUAACAAAUACAAAUUUAUGGUGCAUUUA